CAGCCCUGAUGGAGGCCGAGGAGCCUGAGCCUGAAGUGUCUAUUUCCACCCCUGGCAUAAAGGAAUUUGGAGCUAUCCCUGAAGCUGUCAUGAGGAGCAGCCAGAUUCCUGCCUUGGAGCCUGAAAUUGAAGGCCAGGGCCCAUCUUUUAAGUGGACAGAGGGACCCAGACUCUUGGAAACCCAGCCAAGAGAACUGAGGGACAUGAGUGUCCAUGCACCUGAAGACCUUCUUGCUGUGGCUUGUGACACUCCAGAAUACUGGGAAUCAGAACCCCAGACUCCGGCAGACAGCAGAGCAAGGACACUUGCUUCUCCAGAGUCCAGAACCUUCCCUGUCCAGGGUCAGUGGCUGGACACAGCCCCUAUGUCCACUGAACUGGGCAGCAGAGUGGAUAUGGAGUUUCUGCCAGAACUCACCUCCUUGAUCUUACGAACAGAAAAAGCCAAUGAGGAGGAGGAGGCCUCUGCAGCUGCCUCUGCUCCAGCUAGAGGUUGGCCUUCCAGCAAAGCCCACCCUACAGAAACCCACCAGACCAAGGGCUCUGCAGCUGGAAGUGUCAGCCAGGAGGAAGAACUGCAAUGGGAAGAGGCACUGGAAAGUCAUGGGCAAGAAGGUUUCCUACAGCCCCAGGAAGCCCAAGGGUUAGGGAAGCAGGAACAACAGGAAGGGGAAUUUCAGGGGGAAGGAGCUACAGGGGAGGGUGUUGACUCUGGGGGGCUUUGGCAGGAGCGAGAACAGACAGUAGUAGAGCCAACUAACUACAAAGAGGGAGAACAGAGGCCAAGCCAGGAACAGGCACGACGAGAUGGUGUGGUAUGUGCAGGACAAGGAGAGGGGGAGAGGCUUAGUGUGGAAUCAGGGGGUCUGAAUUAUGAUGAAUGGCUUCCAGAGAACAGGGAGAGGACAGGGCAGGGUCAGGGAGGUCCAGAAGAGGAGGAUGAGGUGUUCGGGGGGUCAGAGGAACACUGGGUGACCUCACAACACCCAGAGCAUCAAAGCUUAGCAGAGAAGUCAGAGGAAAAAGGAACCAGAAAGCAAGGAGAUUCAGAUCUAAGGGGUAAACUGAGGCCAACAGAGAGGCAGGAGGAAGUGGUGUUGAGUGAGAAGGAGCCAGGGAAUUGGGAUGGGCAUGGGCUGGGGACAAUGGAGGAAGAACGGAGAGUGGAAGAGGACAGAGACUGUCGUGGUCCUUCCACACUGGCGCUAGUUGCCCCUGAGGGCCCUUCCUCCUGUGACUUGUUUCUGGAAGUCUCUUGUCCCGUGGCUCAGAUCCCUGGGACUCAGCUGGAAUCCAGGGCUGGAGAACUGUUUCCCAGAGCUCGGGGGCCCAUAGGAUGCUCCCCUCAACCCAUUUCUCCUACUGAUGCCUUUCCUACUGGAGAUUCACUUCCCAACACUGCAGUUCAUCCUGGCCUUCCCGAAGUGUCUGGGCUCAGGACAGAGACAGGGUCUAGUCAGAGGACUGAGGGGGUCCCUGCUGAUCCAGGUGCAGAGCCUUCAAGGAUACCAGAUUCAGCUCCAUUCAGUCCUGCUGAAGACUUACCCGUCACAACUGCCACACCACCUGCCAGCCCUCCAGUUGUCUUUCCACGGAGGCAGAGUCCGAGACCUCUCUCAGCCGACACUCUGCCUGCCUGUGGAGCACCUGACACUUAUGCAGCCUCUGUCCACAGCUACUCCCCUGCAGAGGUCACCAAGGACCCAUGUGCCAGUGCCAAUGGGACCCGCCCUCAUGGUGCCUUGGCCAACAGCUCAGGGGCCACCCAGCACCUCAGGAGCAACUCCUUCCCAGGUUCUCACAGGGCAGAGCAGAUUCCGGGCCUGGUGGGAAUGUCACUUUCUUUUUCUCAUUCGGAGUUACCCCAGAGGCCCCCCAAACCUGCCAUCUAUGGUUCUGUAAUGCCACGGAGGGACAGGAGAAGCAGUAGGGACUGCAGCAGUAUGUCACAACCCCGUGCUGCACUAUCUGCUCUGAGGCAGGAAUCUCAAGAACUCACUUUGAAUCCAGAGUCGACUGGCAGUCCCCAGGGCUCGCCCCCAGACUCAGCCUUUGCUGCAAGAACUGCUUCGUAUGGCUCUGCACCCCCAGCUAUCUCCGUGGAAGUGAGGGGCUGUGAGCCUCUGCCGCCCCCUCCCCCAGAGAAAAGGCACAGCCGCCCUUCCUUGGUGGAGAGAGAUGGUCCUCCUGCAGUGGACCCCACACUGAGGAAGUGGAGCCAUCCUCCACCACUGCCCCUAAGUGAAGAGCUACAUGGCCCCCUGAAAGGCCCCCUCCCCCAAGUUCCGGACCCCCCUGUGGCAAGACAGCUCCGGCCUUUGCCGUCUACUCCAGGCAGCUCCCAUCCUGCUCAGACCUCCUCCUCGAGGCUCAGAUACAACAAACCACUGCCCCCGACUCCUGAUUUCUGCCAGCCCCUCCCUGCUCCCCUUCCCUCUUCUAGCACCUCAAGGACAUACAGGCCCCUGCCCCCUGUGCCCAUCACAGAUCCCUCCUCCCAACCACCCCCGUUACCGCCCAAGGCCAGGAACAGGAGCACCCAGGGAGGACUGAAGAAUUCCGGGGGCCUGGCCAGUGCUAGGUCCGCUGUUCCAGACUGGACCGUCUGCGCGCCACCCGCUGCGGGACGGACCUCCUGGCCCCCAGCCUCUGGCCGAGCAGCAGAGUCUUUGGCUUCCACCAGCAGGAGUAAGAGCGAAGUGUCCCCUGGUCUGGCUUUCAGCAACAUGACAAACAUUCUGGACCCUUCUUCCCCUACAAACCCCCCGACUCAGGAGUGCCUGGGCUCUGACACUCAGGAUGAACCAAGGCUCUCGGGAGAGUCUGAGGCCCCGGUGAGAGGGCCAUUGAGAAGGUCACCCCCUCAGCAAGGAGGCAGUGGUGCAAGGAGGUCUGCCGUGGACUCGGCGAAGCAGCCAGAAAAGCCCAGCCAUCCCCAGCUGGAGAAGGCAUCCAGCUGGCCCCACAGGCGGGACCCAGGGAGGCCCGUGGCGGCCAACAGUGGGCACGCCGCCGUGCUCCCUGGUGAGGGCCCGAGCAAGCACAAGAGCUGGAAUCGACAAGGCCUGCGCAGACCUUCCAUUCUGCCUGAGGGUACUUCUGAUUCACGGAGUCAGACCAUGGGAAGAUUCUUCAACCCCUCAGAUAUCGUCGUUUUUCGGGAGAAGAAGCCGAAGGAGGGGACUGGAAGCUUUUCACGACGACGCUGCUCUAAGCUUAUCAACUCCUCCCCACUGCUUUAUCAGGAGUACAGCGAUGUUGCUCUCAACAAGGAGAUUCAGAGCCAGCAGCGCCUGGACAGUGUGGCAGAGGCCAAGUUUGAGCUGAUCGUGUCAGAGGCCUCCUACCUGCGUAGCCUCCAUAUAGCUGUGGACCAUUUCCAACUUUCAGCCCCACUCCGGGCUGCCCUCUCCAACCAGGAGUACCAGUGGCUCUUCUCUCGCUUGCAGGACGUGCGAGAUGUCAGCACCACGUUCCUUUCAGAUCUAGAAGAAAACUUCGAGAGCAACAUCUUCUCCUUCCAAGUGUGUGACGUGGUCCUGAACCACGCUGCAGACUUCCGCCGGGUCUACCUGCCCUACGUCACCAACCAGACCUAUCAGGAACGCACCUUCCAGAGCCUGCUAACCAGCAACAGCAGUUUCCGGGAGGUCUUAGAGAAGCUGGAAAGUGACCCCAUCUGCCAGCGCCUGUCGCUCAAGUCCUUUCUGAUUCUGCCCUUCCAGCGUAUCACACGGCUCAAGCUUCUGCUCCAGAACAUUCUGAAGCGGACACAGCCUGGCUCUGCAGAGGAAGCAGAAGCCACGAAGGCCCACCAUGUGCUGGAGGAGCUGAUCCGAGACUGCAAUAACAAUGUCCAGAGAAUGCGGCGGACGGAGGAGCUGAUCUACCUGAGCCAGAAGAUUGAGUUUGAGUGCAAAAUAUUCCCACUCAUUUCUCAGUCUCGAUGGUUAGUGAAGAGUGGAGAGCUGACAGCCCUCGAGUUCAGUGUCUCUCCAGGGCUGCGAAGGAAACUGAACACGCGGCCGGUCCACCUGCAUCUCUUCAAUGACUGUCUGCUGCUGUCGCGGCCCCGAGAGGGAAGCCGCUUCCUGGUGUUUGACCAUGCGCCCUUCUCCUCCAUCCGAGGGGAAAAGUGUGAGAUGAAGCUCCAUGGGCCCCACAAGAAUGUCUUUCGCCUCUUCCUGCGGCACAACACGGAGAGCACCCCGGCCGAAUUCCUCUUCCGCACGGACACUCAAAGUGAAAAGCUUCGAUGGAUCUCAGCCUUGUCCAUGCCAAGAGAGGAGUUGGACCUGCUGGAGUGUUAUGACUCCCCCCAGGUCCAGUGCCUUCGCGCCUACAUGCCCCGAGAGAAUGACGAGCUGGCUCUGGAGAAGGCCGAUGUGGUGAUGGUGACGCAGCAGAGCAGCGAUGGCUGGCUGGAGGGCGUGAGACUCUCAGACGGUGAGCGGGGCUGGUUCCCUUUGCAACAAGUGGAGUUCAUUUCCAACCCUGAGGCCCGUAAACGGAACCUAAAGGAAGCCCAUCGAGUCAAGACCGCCAGGCUCCAGCUGGUAGACCAGCAAGCCUAGCUACUGUCCUGGGACUCUCCUGAGCUUACAGACAAGCUGCUUCUGGAGACGGCUAGCCCCAGAACCUUGCUGCAAAGGCCUCUCUGGACCAAGGCCUUCUGAAAGCCCAAGGACGAAGCCAGCUGACUCAGGCUGUCGUCUUAGAGCUCCUUUUGGGUGCUUCAGGCUUGGUGGGGGAAUGUGGAGGGUCUUUACACUGGACUCUAGGAUCUUUUCUUCUUCAUAGGAAAAGUAACUGUGGGGCCUGGGGCAGGGAACUUUACUUCCACUACAGAAUAAUGCAUGCAGGUCCUUUGCUACCAGAGGACAGAUUCAAAGCUGGCCAAAGUUUAGUCAUAGCCGUACGUUCAACAGAAUCUGACCUCAGUCCAUGGGAGGGAGCUGUUCAAGGGGGAUAAAGACAUCAGAUGACAAGGUCAUCCUGAUGACUUGUGAGGUGUCUUACAACUGUAGAAAUGCUCCACAGUUUAUUGCUGCGAGCUCAGUGCACGCAUCUCUGAGGUCUGUGUCUCUUGGUGGCCCUGUGAGGGGGACAGUCUCUCACUCUAAUAAACUUGACACUUCUCCAGGUG